AUGACACUACAAUACUCUGCCAAGAACCUACCAAAGCAAAUCUUCAUCAACAAUGAGUACGUUGAUUCGAAGUCGCCGAAGAAGCUCACUCUACACAACCCCAAAAAUGGCGAGCUGCUCGCAGAUGAUGUGCCCUUAGCAGGUGAACAAGAUGUCGAUGCUGCAGUCGAUGCGGCGGACAAGGCGUUCCCAGCAUGGAAGAAGAUGAGCGCGAAUCAGCGCCGAGGUAUCUUGAACAAGUUCGCAGAUCUCAUCGAGCAGAACGCAGAGGGUAUCGCACAGUUGUCAAGAAUUUCACUUGGUGCGCCAGCAGCUUUUGGUGCUUUCGAGAUUGGCCUUUGCGCCGAGGUUUUCAGAUACAACGCUGGCUUUAUCGACAAGUUCGGCGGCGAGUCUUGGCCUCAGGAGGAUGGUUUCCUCAAGAUCGUCCGUAACGAGCCUCUCGGUGUCACCGCAGGGAUUGUACCUUGGAACGGUCCUAUCGGCACCAUUGGCCUCAAGGCAGCCCCAGCACUCGCCACAGGAAACUGCUUCAUUCUCAAGCCCUCGGAAAAGACACCCUUCUCGUCGCUGGCUCUCGGUACGCUCAUCAAAGAAGCCGGUUUCCCACCUGGUGUCUUCCAGAUCCUCUCUGGAGAUGGAAGCACCGGUGCUUUGAUUGCAAGCCACAUGCGCAUCCGCAAGGUCAGCUUCACAGGAUCUAUCGCAACUGGAAAGAAGAUCCAAGAGAUGGCCGCAAAGUCCAACCUCAAGCGCGUCACCCUGGAGCUAGGGGGAAAGUCACCCGCCGUCGUAUUCGACGACUGCAACCUCGACAACGCAGUGACCUGGACCGCCAACGCCAUCACUGCCAACACAGGUCAAGUCUGCUUUGCCGCCAGCCGCGUCUACGUACAAGAAGGCAUCUACGAAGCCUUCAUCGAGAAGUACAAGCAAGCGAUGAAGGACAAGACAAAGGAGAUUGGCGACCCAGACGAGACAUCAACGAACAUUGGGCCUCUAGUCGACGAAGCCCAGUUCAAGCGCGUGCAAGGCUUCAUCGAGCGCGGCCAACAAGGCGGAGGUACUCUCGCAGUCGGCGGCAAGCGCAUCGGCACAUCAGGCUACUACCUCGAGCCUACCGUCUUCACCGAUGUCGAUCCCACUUCCGAGAUCCACUGCGAGGAAAUCUUUGGCCCUGUUUCUGUCGUCAAGUCCUUCAAGACGGAGGAAGAGAUCAUGCAGUUGGCGAACAACACAAACUUUGGCCUAAUGGCCGGUGUAUUCACCCAGGACAUCAACAAGGCGUUGCGCGUCGCAAGUGACUUUGACUCGGGUAUGGUUGGUGUCAACUGUGUGAGUCUGAUGUUCACCAUGACACCGUUUGGUGGAAGCAAGGAGAGUGGGUUAGGCAGGGAGUGUGGCGUCCAUGCGCUGAGGGCGUUUACGGAACCGAAAACGAUUAUGAUAAACAUGAACUAUUGA